AUCCAGAAAAUCGGAGGGAAACAUCGCAAUGAAUUCCAUUUUUCCAUUCCCGCCAAUCCGUGGGAUCCUAGAUUUUGCAUUUCUACGCCACCUGUCUUAUCUGUCAGGCAAUUUUAUACGCAGCAGACGCAGAACAAAAAUAGAUAUUAUAUUUAUUCUCGCAAUUUGUGUGAAAUGGAAGGUUUUGGAAAAUUUGCUUUGAUUUUCUUAAUUUGCAUAUCCAUAAUCACCCUUGUCUUGAUUUGUCUUCUGUGUUGGCGAAGUGGUACGUCGUCAGAGGACUCUGAGAUGACCACGCGACACAGACGCCCUGCUCAUUGUAAGCGAGCCAGCGUCGUAAGUACUUCUCAGCACACAAACCUCAGACAGACGGAUUCCGUGGAAUCUUAUCUGCCUCGCUAUUCACUCAGGACUUCAGAGUUGGAUCGUCCUAUUGGCUUUACACCUGAAGCGAUGGGAACAAAUCCUCCAUAUCCUGUGGAGAAUCUCAUGCCCACGCCCGGAAGAUCACCAGCCGCGCCAUAUCCUGUAGAGAAUCUGAUGCCCAUGCCUGCAAAACAUCUACCAUCCCUGCCGAAAUACGAUAUGAAUCCUCCCUCUUAUGAGUAUGCAGUUGGCUAUCCGACUCAUUGCAAUCUACCACCCAAAAAGUAGUUCUCUCCUAAAGACUCUCGAAAAGACUUGAAAUACAACCUAAUAUAAUGUGUUCCUGCCGAGAAAAUAUCUCCCUUGAAACCCUCAAAUACAUAGACUUAUUUGUUGUGUAUUGUCGUGUACCUAACAAUGCCAAAGAAGCAUAAAAAAUGCAAUAAAUUGUCAUAAAUGUUUCCUUUAAUAUCCUUCUAUGUUAUGUGGAUUUUUGGGGUUAAAUCAUAGGGCCUAGAUGUCCUGAAAAUCCCACAAUUUCCCCUUAUCUUGGACUGCUCAGCUGUUAUCUCAGUCAAUUUCAUCUUUGAUCUCAUCAAAGUUGCAAUGCAAUUGUUUCGUCGCGCGUUUUUGCGAAGAAAUUGCAUUAAAAAUUAACGUGAAUGGAAGUGAUUGAGGAAAUCCUCCUAAUUUUAUUCAUUUGCUUUAUCGCAGUUUCAUUUGUCGUUGGUUGUCUUCUGUGUUGGACUUCUGGGAAGUGGUUGGAAUGCAUACAAGAUUCCGAAGUCUCCACACGAUCUACAAGACCUCUCUUGGCUGACACGGUUAAUUCGUCGUCCAGUCACACGAGUCACACAUCGCUAGGACAGAGCAAUUCCGGAGAGUCUCAUUCUUUCAGCGCAAGAAGCACAAGCAGACAAGUGAGUCGUCCUAUUGGAUUCACUGAAGAAGUGGUCGGAUCUCUUCAGCACAACACUGUUUGGAGGCCUAAUCCUCCGUAUCCUCUGGAUAAUCUCAUGCCUGUGCCAAUGAGUCCUGCAGCGUCUCUUGACACGCAAUCAUUCCCUUCAGGCACAUGCACAAGUGACACUGAACCUCCGUCUUAUGAACACGUUAUGAACAAUCAGAUUCACUGGUCGUCCAGGAACUAAUCCCAUUGAGUAUUUCUUAUUAAAUCUCGCUUACCUCAAUUUUGUAUUCCGACCUCAUUUACUGGUCAAAUUUCUACUCAUGUUAAUGUAUGCAGUGAUAUUUUUAUACUUUCUUUUGCUGAUGGAAAUGACAAUAAAAUUUAUAAAAUUCUCUGUAAA